UAUUAUUUAUAAAAUAAUAAAAACAUCAACAUAUUUAUGUGUCACUUUUACGAAAAUUUUCUAUGAAAAUUAAAAUAAAAAACAAUAAAUUAUCAACUGUUAAAUAUCAUUAAUAAAUAAAAUUUAUUAAUAAUUAAAAAUAUUCAACACAUGUAAAUUGUUUAAAUAAGAUUUCAAUUAAAAACAAUUGAAUGAAAAAGAAAAAAAUAUUGUGAAAAAAAAAAAAAAUAAUGUGGGAUGUGCCCAUCAGGUGAAUAAACACAGACAAUCCAAUCGUGGUACAUAGUGAUAUUAUUAUUUUCACUACUACUAAAUUAUAAAUUUAUUAAAAAAAAAAAAAAAAAAAGAGGCGUUAAUUAAUAGUGUAUAGAAAAAUAAAACCUACAUAUCAAUACUAAUUUUAAACAAUUGAAAAUAAAAUCUAAAUAAAAAAAUAAAAAUUACGGUGCUUGUUAUCAUUUGAUGUCAGCAAACGGUACUUUUUUUUUUUGGUUCUCUAAUUCUUGUCUAGAAUUCACGUAUAACCAUUUAAAGUACUGACAAUUGUCCUUAAUUCAUGAUGUGUUCAUUUUAAACAUGGUCAUGACUAAUAUCAUGUAAAUUGAAUAACAAUAUUUAAAAUAUUAUUAUUAAAUUGAUCGUUUUAAUUGACACAAAUUCCUGAGUUGAUGAAUAAAAUUACAAAACCAAUUGUGUAGAAAGAUGAAAUGGCAAGUUUGGAAACAAAAGUUAAUAAUGAAGAGGAAAAUUUCAAUGGUGAAUCUGAAUCUGAUAUAAGUAGUGUUUAUCAAGCUGGUUCAGUUAUAUCAACAAUACCAGAUAGACAUGGUUUUCUUGGUGGUUCACAAUACAGUCCAGAAAGAAAACCAGUAAUACCACCAGAGGUAAUAUUAAGACGUGAAAGAAAAUGGAUUAAAAUGUUAAACAAUUGGAAUGGUUUUAUGGGUGGUAAUUAUCGUAAAGUACGUGAAAGAUGUAGAAAAGGAAUACCACCAUCAGUUAGACUACGUGCAUGGUUAAAUUUAUGUGGUGGUGAAUAUUUAUUAAAUAAUAAUACAAGAUUAUAUGAAGAAUAUAUUGAAAGACCUGGUGAUCCAAAAUACAUUGAUGAUAUUAAAAAAGAUUUACAUCGUCAAUUUCCACAUCAUGAAAUGUUUGUUGAUGAUGGACCUGGACAACAAGAGUUAUUUCAAAUAUUAAAAGCAUAUUCAAUAUAUAAUCCAAAAGUUGGUUAUUGUCAGGCACAAGCACCAAUUGCUGCAUUUUUAUUAAUGCAUAUGCCAGCUGUUCAAGCAUUUUGGUGUCUUGUUGCUGUUUGUGAUAAAUAUCUUAUUGGUUAUUACAGUCAAGGAAUGGAGACACUUCAACGUGAUGGUGAUAUACUUUUUGCAUUAUUAAAACGUGUUUCUCCAAUUGCAUACAAGCAUUUAAAAAAACAACAAAUGGAACCAAUAUUGUAUAUGACUGAAUGGUUUCUUUGUGUUUAUACGAGAACAUUACCAUGGGAAAGUAUUUUACGUGUUUGGGAUAUGUUUUUGUGUGAAGGUGUUAAAAUUAUAUUUAAAGUUGGUCUUGUAUUAUUGAAAGGAUGUCUUGGACGUUCAUCAUUAACAAAACGUUGUCCAACAAUGUAUGAAACUCUUCAAGUAUUGAGAAAUCCACCAAUUGAAAUUAUGGAAGAAGAAGCUUUAGUUGCUCAAAUUCUUAAGUUAAAUCUUAGCGAAGAAGAUUUUGAAUAUGAACAUCAAAGACAAACACAAAAACGUAAAGUUAAAGCAUCAAAUUCAGUCAAUAAUGGAGUUGAUUAAAAUUAA